GCCGGUUCGGCCAUGCCAGCGCGCGACAUGGGUCGCCGUUCCGCUGGUCCUAUCGACACGGCGGCGCUGUCCCAGCAGCACCCACUGACGCCCAGCGCGGACUACGGGGAGUUGACCGCAGGGUUGCCGACCCGGCUGCGAGUGUGGCGGACUCUGGAGCGCUUUUGGUUGUUGGCCCCGCCUCUUGCCGGAGCGCUGUGCGGCUUGCUGGCGCCGCUGCCAGAGGCCUCUGGCAUUCCGGGGCCAUGGAGGCGCGUUUCUGCCAUGCUCGGCUGGUCUUAUUUCUGCGCCUGGAGCGUGUCGUUCUACCCCCAGGUCGUCCAGAAUUUCCAGAGGCGCAGCGUUGUGGGCCUCUCUCUGGACUACCAGCUCCUGAACUUUGCUGGCUUCGCGUGCUACUUCGUGUUCAACGCGGCCCUGUAUUGGAGCCGCCCAGUGCAGCUGGAGUACGAGAGCCAUUAUGGGGGGAAGCCUAGCGCAGUGAGGCUCAACGACGUCGUCUUCGCUGGACACGCGUUUGUUCUGACCUCGGUGACCCUGCUGCAGAUUGCCGUGUACUACGACUACCCUCCCAGGGACGGGGCCGACCGCGGCUUGCGGCGCGUGGUCGCCAGCGGGCUGUCCGCCUUCGCCGCGGUCGCCCUGGCCCUGGCGGCAGCCAUCUGGGCCAGCUCCGAGCGCGUGGCCAGCUGGCUCACGUACCUGCAGCUGCUGGCGGAGGUGAAGGUCGUCAUCUCCACCUGCAAGUACUGCCCGCAGGUGUGGAUGAACUGCAGGCGGAGGAGCACGGACGGGUGGAACAUCUCCAACGUCUUGCUCGACUUCACCGGGGGGGGGCUCAGCGUGGCCCAGCUCGUCCUGGACGGGUGGGCGAGCGGCGAUUGGAGCGCCGUCUCGGGGGACCCCGCGAAGCUGCUCCUGGGCAACGUGUCGAUGCUGUUCGACGUGAUCUUCGUUGCGCAGCACUACUGCCUCUACCCGCAGCGCG